UCGCGCACGGCCCACGGAACGGCCCAGCGUGACCGACCGACCGACCGCGUGGAGGUGCCGACCUCAGCUCGCGGCAAAAAUCUCAGGCUCGGGCGCGGCGAGUCCGCCUGUUCCCUGUGCGAUUGCAUCCGCAACACGCACAAGAAGCGCUUGGGCGGCGGCGGGGGGUCGCGUUCCCGAGCCAAGCGCCACCCAUGACGAAGAGAGAGGCCGACGCGACCAGCAGCGGCGGAGGCGGGACGGUGAAGCUCAAGGACCUGGUCCCGGCGGCCACCAACACCGUGAACACGACGUUCAUCGUGCUCGACAAGGCGGCGGCCCGGCCGUCCCACGCUCAGGCCCGCGACGGAGGGCGAGCGGGGGAGGAGACGUGCCUGGCGCUGGUGGCGGACGAGACCGCGGCGGCGCACUUCCUGCUGUGGGGCGGCGAGUGCGGCGCCUUCGAGCCGGGCGACAUGGUGCGGCUGACGGGCGGCAUCUUCUCGUGCCACAGGGGGAACAGCCUCGUGCUGCGCGCGGGGAGGCGCGGCCGCGCGGAGAUGGUGGGCGAGUUCACCAUGCUCUUCGUCGAGACACCCAACAUGAGCGAGGUCCGGUGGGGGCUUGACCCCGGCAACCCCAGGCGGAUGGUGCAGGAGGCCGUCGUCUCGCCCUACUCCCAGAUCUUCAAGCCGCCGCGCUGAUCCCAUCCACCACCGUUGCAGCUCUUUGUUUCUGAAGCACGCCACGCCGCGCGUUCAAAAGCGUGGUGUGCAUUGCGUGACCUGCGUGAUCUGAAGCAUGUCGACUCGCGAGAAAGGAGAUUGAAACGAAACACUCUUA